AUGUCCUCUGUAUCACAAGAUACGAUCACGCUUGCCGAUUACGUCUUCGCAAGACUCCAUCAACUUGGGAUUCGAUCCGUCUUUGGAGUGCCUGGCGACUACAAUCUUCGCUUGCUGGACUUUGUUGAACCUUCAGGAUUGCAUUGGGUUGGCAAUUGCAAUGAGUUGAACUCUGCAUACGCUGCCGAUGCCUACGCUCGAAUCCACGGUGUGAGUGCCCUGAUCACCACUUUUGGCGUAGGAGAACUCAGCGCCGUCAAUGGUAUUGCUGGUGCAUACGCGGAAAAGGCCCCUAUCAUUUCUAUCGUCGGCACUCCAGCAAGAGCCACGCAAGAGGCUCGUACCAAUGUACACCACACAUUUGCUGAUGGAGAUUUCGAUCGCUUUGCAGCAAUGCAUACGCAUGUGACUAUCGCUCAGACGAAUCUCUUGGAUCCUCGUACUGCGCCCGAACAGUUUGAUGUGACUGUACAGCAAGCCUUGAUCCACAGCCGACCAGUAUAUAUUCAGCUUCCGGCCGACAUGGUGGACGUGAAGGUGUCUGCGGCCGGUCUAAAGUCCAAGAUCUCUCUACCUCCGACAGCUUAUGGUGAUAACGAGUCGAAGGUUUCCGGUCGAAUUCUUGAGCUCAUGCACUCCGCCAAGAAACCUCUGAUAUUUGUGGAUGGUGAGAGCAGAUGUCUAGACAUCCUUGAUGAGAUAAAUGAGCUUGUCAAAAUUACCGGAUGGCCCGUAUGGACAUCGCCCUUUGGCAAAGGUUUGGUAGAUGAGCAUCUUGAAAGCUUUCAAGGUAUCUAUAAUGCCGACUUGGGCAGCGAAAACGCAAAAACCUAUUUCGAAUCAGCAGAUCUCGCUCUGGUACUCGGGCCUCACUUCAGCAGCACGAACACCGCCUUAUUCUCCACCAUUCCGAAGCAAGCAAUCUCGAUUUCUUUCUCCGAACGUCAUGUCAAAAUCGGAACUGAGAUCACUCGUGAUGUUUCGAACAAGAAGCUCGUUGCAAACUUACUGGACCAACUGGACUGCAACAAGAUAUCAAAAUCCGAAGCCCUCUCGAAGCCAACUAAGGUGAAGCCGUCGGUCGAAUCGUCUGGCUCACUCACACAAAAGGACUUCUAUCGUGUUAUCAACCCUAUGCUCAAACCUGGAGAUAUUAUUAUGGGCGAGACUGGUACAGCCUCUCACGGCACUCGUGAUCUUGUGCUUCCGCGUGGAAGCUACUACUUCACGGCUGUUACGUGGUUGAGUAUUGGUUACAUGCUACCUGCAGCUCUUGGCGCUUCAAUGGCUCAGCGCGAUUCUGAGAAGUGGAGAAACAGAUCAGGCAGCACAGAUGCCUCCGAAGACCGAGUGGUUCUGUUCAUUGGCGAUGGAAGUCUACAAAUGACGGUACAAGAGAUCAGCACUAUGAUCAGGGAAAAGCUCAAUAUCAUCAUUGUAGUCAUCAACAAUGAUGGCUACACUAUCGAGCGUGUCAUACACGGACGCAAACAGACAUACAAUGAUAUUGCACCUUGGAGAUAUCUGCAAGCGCUUAACAUGUUCGGAGCAGAUGAAGACGAGGUCUUCAUGGAGCGCGAAGAUGCCCAGGGCCUGUUGUUGAAGCUUUUGAACAACCAGAGAGCUCGUGAAUCGUCCAAGAUUUGA